UCUACUAUUGUUCUCUUAUUUGUACACGCUGAUUGGUCAGUUUCGGUCAUCUUAUCAAAACCCGCCAUUUUGGUUCCUACUUUUGAAGCUUGAACUAGUGUUUCCAUGGCGAUUAUUGUUAGUGUUGACAGUUUUUAAGAUAAAUAUGGUGUUUUGUUGCGCGUAUGGGUGCAAUAAUCGUUCAUCUGACGGAUACAAAAUGUACCGCAUGCCCUCAGGGUCGGUCGAGAAACAACGAAAAACGAAAGAAAUGGCUUUGUGCAAUAAAAAGAGAGAACUUUAACACGGCGUCGGCGAGACUUUGCGAGCCAAUGAUACUCUUGUUGUUCUUUAGAUAAUUAACAUGACAAUGACAAUGUAAAUUUUAAAAUUUUUAAUAAAGAUUUACAACAAAUUUGCAUUUGUGUGUUGUGAUAUUGUGGUACGGCUCCUUUAGGUUCACUUCGAAGCGAAUCAAUUCGAGCCUAAAAUCCGCGGCAAACUUCCACCAAAUGAAGUACCAACUCUGUUCACACAUCGAAAGCCUGUGCUUCGAAGAAAGAGUCCAACUAAACGAGAAUUAAAAGUGAACACUGGUCAGUACUCUAACGUUUUGGCAUCUUCAGUACAUUAUAAAUUAUUGACCAAUGGGAAAUAUACACAUGUUUACCUUCUUGUUCACAUAGUGUGACCACAACCUGUUGCCAUUGAGAGUGCUAGUAGCCAAGAUGAUAAUAAUCUUGACUCUGUACAAUCUACAAUGACUGUGAAUGAGUUGGACUUGAGCAAUCCUCAAAGUAGCACAAAUAGUCAAAGUCACACAAAGCUGCGAGAGGAAUUGGAAAUGUUGAAGAAAGAGCUGAAAAAAGCAAAAGAAAAUCAUAACAACCUAGCAAACAACAUAUCUGCUUUAUUUAAUGAAGACCAAAUAGCCUACCUUUCCAAGAGGCCUGGUUAUGGAAAAGUUUGGUGGUCAAAUAACACAAUUGAAAGUGCUAUACAAAUAAGAUAUUCUUGUGGAGCAACUGGAUACAGCACUUUACUUGGGAUGAAUUAUCCAUUACCUUCUAUAAGAACACUUAAUCGACGAAUGGAGCACAUUGAAUUUUCCUCGGGUCUUACAAAUGAGGUUUUCGCACCCUUGCAAUUGAAGGUUAAUUUGCAUUGA